AUGCGGAAUGUCUUCGGUAUCGCCUUUGAGGAAGUCGGCAUGGAGUGGACCAAAGAGUUGUGUGAGGCAGACUCCGACGAGGACGGACAGACGAAUGGUCAGGAGUUGGGCGACCCAUGUUGCAUCUGGAAAGAGGGCGACACCGCGCUGUGGACGGUGGGAGUCUCUCACCCUGGAGACGACUCUAAAAAGUCGGACAAUUCACGCUGGAGAUCACUCGACUGUGACCUCGUAAGAGAAGAUGCGGAGGCCAAGGCAGAAGCAGAGGCAGAAGCUGAAGCGAGCAAGAACAGUCCGGACGGAGGUGAAGACAGCGAGGUGGACAUUUCCAUGGGUAAUUCCGACUCGUCUGCCUCCGAAAGGAAAUUAGCAAGUUCUAUGUCGCUGCUGUUUGUUGCUAUCAUCCCAGCCGCCCUGAUGAUGGUUUGGUAG